AUGCAGUGCAGCAGAUGCUCGAGCAAACGCUGCUCCUUUGACUUCCCGGAGCCCUUGUCGAAGUGCAAACAUCCGCCAAGUGUAUGCUUGACUUGCCUGGAUGAACUCCUGCCGAAAGACAGCAUGCCAGGCAAGUGCUUGGAAUGCGACGAAACUCUGUCCGUGGAAGACAUCGAGAAUAUCAGGAGCUCACUGAAGCAUGGCAACCGCGAGUGUGCCAUCUUCCAUGAGCUUGAUCUGCUACAUCAGAAAGGGGAGCAGGCCAGAAACGAGCAGGCGCCGGCUGGGGCCAGCCAUCAGCCUGAGGAGGGCACUAUUCAGGUUUCGCUUGUGGACGGCACGCGCUAUACACUGUCAGUGGCACGCAGGAUGCGGCUCAGUGAGGUCAAGAGGCGAAUCACAUCGCGCUCUGGCGUGGCGGAAGGCAAGCAGCGGCUUUUCUUCGGUGGACAAGAUCUAGGGGCGAAGGCAAAGGACACCGAUCCGCUGUGGGGAUCGGUCGGAGUGCCUUUCGGACAGGUUGUCCAGCUGGUCAUCAUUAUGUACGAGACGGGGCCCAAUGCUUCUGUGAGGAGGCUCAGCUUCGAGCUCAGCUGGAUGGCACCAGAUUCAAACAGACCGCUCCACCUCAAUGGUACUUGUAUUGUGCUGGACAGCUGGUGCAACGUCAUGGCAAGUGUCGACUUUCGAAGAACGGAUUUUGCAGGCAUCGUUCAUGCAGGAAGGUCUACCAGAUGCAAUCCGAGACAGUUCGUCACUGUGGACACCGCGGGACUUCCAUCUGAGUGCCGCUAUCUCUUCUUCACUCUGAGCGCCUAUGCACCUGGUGGGGUGACUCUUUCGAGCUUCCAGGAUCCAGCAGUACAUUUGCAGAAUGCGGACUCUGGAGAGAUGCUGGCAAGCUACACGCCAAAUCGUCGAUUUGCAGAUGAGGAGGCGAUCGUGCUGUGCUGUGCCGUGAAAGACGAAUUGUCGGUCGACUGGCGGGUGCAGCAGAUUGGCGUGCCAAGUGAUGGCAACUGGAGCUACUAUGGGCCGCUGCACUCCACGGUCUCGAAAAUGGUCUCCGACGGGCAGGUGUUCUGA